AUGGAAGCGAUAUUUCAUAAAGCAACGAGUAGAGCGCCAGGGGUAGAUCUCAUGCUCAAAGCGACUCAAUGGACCCCAUUCUCUAGAAGACUCGCAACCAUACCGGUGAAACGGGCGGUCAAGCCAAGGCUGGGUACCUACGACGGGGCGGCAGACCCACGAGACUUUCUGCUCACUUUCGGGGUAGUUCUCGGUCCCUUGCAGUUCACCCCGGCAGAAUACGAUGCUGGAGCAUGCCAAGUUUUCGCCGAACACUUGACCGGAGCAGCUUUGAGUUGGUUUCCGCGACUUCCGUCUGGAUCGAUUGAUAGUGUCAAGGAUCUGGUAACCGAAUUUUUAAAGCAGUUCUCCGUUCUAAUGGAAAACAAGAACUCCCAUGCCGAUCUGUACGCACUAACGCAAGGGCGAAACAAAUCACUUCGAUCCUUCAUCAGUCGCUUUAAAGAGGUCGUCGUUAGCGUUUUGAUUUCUGACGCUGCACCUAUCGUUGCACACAAAAACGCGCUGUGGUACGAAUCUCAGUUUAACGAGGAGAUGUUCUUGACUCAUGUAGAAACCAUAGCCGACGCGCUACUACGAGCCGCGAAACACAUAGAAGUCAAAGAAGAAAAGGUGGUCAACGCUAAGAAGCACGCCGCAGAAACAAGCGUCACGGCCAUGCCACCAACAGUCACAGCUCCAAAGGUCGAGCACGUUGAGCCACGCCAGCAUUUCUCCCGAAACCCAGACCGAACUCGUCGAACCUUCGCGAUUGGUGAAAAUAAGUACAUCAGGAAGGAAGGUGAGAAUAACACAACUCAAUACUGCGAUUUCCAUCAAAGUACCACACACUCAACUGAGGAGUGUCGUUACUUCCAAACAAUCCUGAUGGAGCGAUACAAAAAGAGAGCAAUAGUAGUCGAGUCUGACAGAAGCAAGACACCCUGA